AUGACAUUGAGAGAGGACCUGGGUGUCCUUUUCAUUGGUGCUAGAGACGCUGUAUACGCUCUGGACCUUGAGGACAUCUCCUCGAAAAAGGCUGGGGUCUACUGGCAGGUCUCAGAGGAGCAGAACACGUCCUGCAAGAGCAAGGGAAAAGAUUCAAUGGAAUGUCAAAACUACAUCAAGACACUUCAGACUCUCCAUGAUGGCAGGAUGUUGGUGUGUGGGACCAACGCAUACAACCCCACAUGUGACUAUAUGACCUACGCAAACGGAACGUUGACCCUGGAAGGGAAGAAGGAAGAGGGGCGAGGGAAAGUUCCCUUUGACCCCUUCCAGAGGUCAACCUCGGUCAUGGUUGGGACAGAACUGUAUUCAGCCACAUCGGUCAACUUCCUGGGUACUGAGCAGGUGUUGCAGCGUCAUUCCUCCCCGGCUAUCAGGACCGAACACAGACAGUCCUGGCUUAACAAGCCCUCCUUCGUACAGUUGGACGUCGUCCCCGAGAGCGUUAACAACCUCGAUGGGGACGACGAUAAAGUCUAUAUGUUCUUUAGUGAGGAGGCCAUGGAGUUUGACCUGCCAGACCAGAUCAGGGUAUCUCGUGUGGCACGGGUCUGCAAGGGGGAUUUGGGUGGUCAGAGGACCUUACAGCAAAAGUGGACGUCCUACCUGAAGGCCCGUCUUGACUGCCCCGUGCCCCUGGAACCCAGCCUGCCAGCCAUCAUUCAGGAUAUCUUCCUCCUGAAAGACCAGGAUUGGAGGAAGAGCGUGUUUUACGCUGUUUUCAGCCCGCAGACAACCACAUCGGAUCUCUCCACUGUGUGUGCGUUCAGCGUGGCUGACAUUGGGAAAGUCUUCUCUGAGGGUAGGUAUAUGACUCCGGUGACAAUGGAGUCAGAAACAAGGUGGGUUACCCACACCGGAGAGGAGCCUGUCCCACGACCUGGAACGUGUAUGACCAAUGCUGUGCGGGACCUCGGGAUUGAGCACUCGCUGGACCUCCCUGACAAGACCCUGCAGUUCGUUCGUGACCAGCCACUCUUGGAGGGAGCAGUGCCUCCGCUGACCGGGGGUCCACUGCUGCUGCAGAGGGGAGCCAAGUUGUCGGUGAUUGUUGUGGACAGAGUCAUGGCCGAGGAUGGAGAAAUCCACCACGUUAUGUUUAUUGGAACAGAGGAGGGCACGGUGCAGAAGGCUGUGCAGUACGCUGCUGGUGACACCGUCAUUAUCCAAGAGACCCAGGUGUUCCAGACUCUGGAGCCAAUCAAAGUGCUGCGUCUCUCCUCUGGCACGGUAACACAUUUAGUGCAAAACGUUAUGAGUAUAUUUUUUUAUUUAACUAGACAAGCCAGUUAUUUACAAUGACAGCCUACCGGGGAACAGCGGGUUAACUGCCUUGUUCAGGGGCAGAACGACAGAUUUUUACCUUGUCAGCUCGGGGAUUCCAUCUUGCAACAUUUCGGUUACUAGUCCAACACUCUAACCACUAGGCUACCUGCUUGUUCAAGAUGAAUAGCACCAGGUCAUCCAAUGAGAAGCUAACACUGGUGGUUUUAGUAGUCAGUGUGUGUUUUUCUCUAGGGACAGCUCUAUGCAGGCUCAGGGUCUGGAGUGGUCCAGAUUCCAGUUAGGGACUGUGGUCGGUAUGGGUCCUGUCUGGACUGUAUCCUGGCCAGAGAUCCCUACUGUGCCUGGGACACCACCUUAGCAGCCUGCUCAUCUGUCCUCAACUUACCCACUGGCUCCAGGAACAUGUACCAAAGCCUUAAACAUGCGGAUGCCUCGAUGUGCCCCCGACCAGUCCCUAUGAAGCCACUUACAUUACCAUUUAAUGUUGGGAGCUCCAUCCACCUGCCGUGCCAACCAGCAUCCAACCUGGCACAGGUGAGCUGGCACUUUGCUAAGCAGCCCCUCCAGCUGAGAGACAGGUACCAGAUGUUGAGCCAGGACUUGUUGAUAGUGAGUGCCCUAGCUUCAGACGCUGGUCGGUACACCUGCCAGAGUCUGGAGGAGGUCAAAGGUCGACUCUAUACCAGGACAGAGGCUGCCUACAUCCUGCAGCCCACAAAGACUCUACUGGUCCUGCAGUUAUCUGUGGCUCUGCUGUCUGUGCUGCUGGGGGUUGUGGUCCUCUGGAGUGUCAGGGGACACGUCAGACUCAGGGCCAGAAUUCACCCAGCAGAACCCGGCCAGAACAACAACAACAACUGGAGAACAGAUCCUGGUUGUGUCCCUGGGUCUGAAGUGAACAACAAUCACACCAUCAUCACCAUUGAGGACAUGGAGGAUAAUCAGACAGCGAGGGUAUCUGUUGCUCUUCUGUCCAUGAUUCUGGGGUCUCUGAUGCUCUGGAACAUCAGCAGAGACCAGUUGAGCCACAGAGUCUUCAGGAUGGAGGAGGGGCUCCAGGACCACAUGUCACCAGUUAACAGCUCAUCUGACACAGUUAUCCACAUGGGUGACAUCUGAGCUGGGACUAAUAACUGAGACUAGGGGUGCGUUCAAUUCGAUUCAACGUUUGCUAUGUUGCGUGACGGUUUGUACUGAACGACACGUUUCCCCAAAACGGUGCUCACCAUUCUUAGACAGCCUUUGAGGUAUGUUUGCUCCCAUUUUGGUGGGUGUGACGAACAGUGGCCUGUUCAAUAAGGGUGUGACUAUUUGUGCUACGCACUAAACAUGCGUAGCACACACCAUACAAUCUCCCUCUGGGCCUCAAUAAUCACACCGUUUUUCAGCGGGUUGUUCAGUACAGUAGCGUUUCCAUUUGAAUUAAAUGUUGAACCCCAUUCUGUCGUACUGACAGCACCCCUAGAAUCACCAGCACCAUUCUUUACUCAUUGUUUUCCACUUAAGAUCCUUGUGUUGAAUGUAUUUUGUGUUUUUAUGUUUGUAUAAAUAUUAUAUAUUGCAAAUAUGAUGUAUCUUUUUCGUGUUUUUCUAUAUUAUUAAAUGAUUAGAUCUUAUAUCAAAUCACAGAUACCUGUAUUUAGA